AAGGAGUCAUUUCGCAGGACUCCACAAACAUGGUCGCGUUGGCUGUUCUCCCUCGGAGUCCGCCCACUGACGUCUCCAUUUCUUCACCAAGCUACUGCGCAGCUCGGCCUCGUACGUCUUGGACAAUCAUUACUAAGAACGUAAUCGUUUAUUUCUCACUAUGACCCAGGUGCACGGGCAGGUUUAGUGAGGGUUUUCUAAAAAAAAAAAAUUUGACCCAUGGAAAAGUUGAACAAUGUAACGUCUGCUGUAGCACUUCCACGCUGUACAUACAAUGUGCUAAUUCGCUGUUCUGUCACCACACCUCUGCCUUUGUGCUAUUUCCGGGAGGACAAGUGACCUGGGACCUACGACUUCCGGGUUUUUAGGAUAAGGAUGAAGUUCUGUGGUCCAACAGAGAAGUGAAAGAUAACAUGAACAGAAAAUCCGAGAACUCCUCAACAGUUGAGGGAGAAGCUGCUGAUUGGAGAAGUUCCUAAAAUAUGUCACUAUGCCAUGGUCUGUUUCUCUAUGGAGGAGGUGGAGUAUUUAGAAGGACAUAAGGAUCUGUAUGAGGAUGUCAUAAUGGCAAAGAAAAAGCCCCUCACAUCUUCAGAUCGGUCCAGUAAUGGAAGUACACCAGGGAGAAGUCCCAACCCUGAGCAUUAUAAGACACUUGACUGCAGGCCCUUGGAUAUUGUUAUAUUGGCGAUCAAUGUUAUUCCAGCUCCAUUUCUACAGGCUGCUGAGGCUGUCUGCAUAGUUGAAGAUGAAGGUUUGGUUAUUGUCAAAAUUGAAGAGACAGAGGAAGAAGGGGAGAUGGAUGAUCAUGUCUACAAGGAAGAAGAGACAUCUAUAGAUAUAAGCAAUGGACAAAACACUGGAAAUAUCUCUGAAGGAAGCAUGGGUUUUCCUGAGGAAUGUAAAAUGGAAGACUAUGACAUUGUGCAAGUUAACCAAGACAAUGAACUGAUAAAUCACUCAUCUGAACCGUCUAAUAAUGUGGAAGUUUUUCCAAACAAUUCAAGCUAUGCGCAGCAGGAUAGCACUUAUAGAGUUCGUAAAGUAUUUUCCUGUCCUGAAUGUGGUAAAUGCUUUGCUCAUAACUCGAAUCUUAUCACACAUCAGAGAACUCACUCUGGGGAGAAGCCAUUUGCAUGUUUAGAGUGUGAAAAGUGUUUUAAACAGAAAUCUGAUCUUGUUCGUCAUGAGAAAAUUCAUUCCGGACAAAAACCAUUUCCGUGUUCUCAUUGUGGCAAGUGUUUUACCCAGAAGUCAGACCUUAUUAAACAUGAGAUAAAUCACACAGGGCAAAAACCCUUUCCAUGUUCUGAGUGUGGAAAAUGUUUUACACGGAAAUCUGUGCUUCUAAGACACCAGAGAAUCCAUACUGUGGAGACACCAUUUCGGUGUUCUGAAUGUGGAAAAUAUUUUGUACAGAAGUCUGAUCUUGUUUACCACUUAAGAAUCCAUAUGGGUGAAAAACCUUUUUCAUGUUGUGACUGUGGCAAAAGUUUCACUCAGAAGUCAGAUCUUGUUAUACAUCAGAGAAUUCACACAGGAGAAAAGCCAUUUUCAUGUUCUGAUUGUGGAAAGUGUUUCACUCAUAAAACCAUGCUCCUCAAUCAUCAGAAAAUCCACACUGGUGAAAAACCUUUUCCAUGCUUAGAGUGCGGGAAAUGUUUUGUGCAAAAGGCAAAUCUUGUUUAUCAUCAGAGGAUCCACACAGGAGAGAAGCCAUUUCCUUGUACCGAAUGUGGCCGAUGUUUUACACAGAAGUCAGAUCUUGUAAGACAUCAGAGAAUUCAUAGGGAACAGAAGUCUCUGAUCCAUUCUAAUGUAUGAAAAAGGUUAUAACACAAUUCAUUUUACACAAGCAGUCUUUACUCAAACCUAGAAAACAAAAUGCAGAGCAGAAUUUGGACUGGUUUGCCAUUGAACAUCACAGAAAAAGAAAUUGGCUCAGUUUUAAUAAUUUGAAUCGCGUGCCACCACAAGAAAAACAGACACACUAAACAGUGUACACCAAAAAGUACAAAAAUAGAUAUUACAAACAAUCUUUAUUAGAUACAUACAUACAUACAUAGGCUAGACACACAGGGGUACAUGUAUCAAUGUUGGUGUAGACAGAUAUUUUUGUAGAUAGUUUUGCUUUGUCUGAAUUCAGUGCACAAAUUUCUAAAUCUCCACACAGUUCUAUUUGUACACCUGUGCUGCACCUCACAGGAAAUGUGGUGUGUCCUGGGCACAGAGAUUUUGUUCUAUUGCUUGGAGGCUAGGAUUCCAUUGAGGUUUUUUGUCCACCAGAAAAACUGCCACAGCUUUUUCCUGCGUUUUGUAAUUUUUUUUUUGCUUUUUUUUCUAGUGUUUUUGCCGGUGCGUGGAAACAGUCAUACAUAUACAGGGUUCAUAGCAUCACUACUUACCUCUGCUGGCUAUAUAGUAUACAGGGUUGCAUAGUGUACCCAUGUAUACUAUACAGGAGCCCAGCACGGAAAGUGUUAACCCAUGCUGCUGUUGGGCAAUGCUGGGUUAACUCUUUGUGCUCUAUCCUGUAUAUACAGCUAUUUAUAGAUGACUGUAUAUACAGGAAACAGUAGGCAGACGUCACCAAUGGGAGGAUUCCUGUUUCGGAACACACUGGAGCCGGCGGGGAGCACAGUACCUGUAGCUUGUCAAGUUAAUAAAUGCGGAUCUCAGGAGAAGUACCCGCUGCGAUCUGUCCCUCAGCCCCUGGCCUACAACUUCCAUCCUGGACAGAGUCUGUCCAUGAUGGGAGUAGUAGUUCAAACAGACCAAAAAGAGUCCCGCAACCGGGGGAGGUGCAUAAUGGGAGUAGUUGUAGUUUAGCAGUGCUGAGAAACUGCCCCCGGCUGUCUCUGUAAGGUUCUACUUUUGGACACUUUUCUACGUGCCCUGCUAGCUGUCUCAGAAUUUUUUCAAAAAGCGCAAUUCGGCAAAAAACACCUCUAAACAAAUUUUGCUCUAGUAAUAAAUACAAGUCCACUGCAUAAAGUGGUCUACAGUACCCUAAUCAGUAGACAACUUUGCUAAAUGUUCCACCAAAAAAUGCGCAAAUGGGGAAAAAAAGCCCAAUUAUGCAAAAUUUGCAAAGCAAAAUACGCGGUGGGCCAUUUAUAUGGAUACACCUUAAUAAAAUGGGAAUGGUUGGUGAUAUUAACUUACUGUUUGUGGCACAUUAGUAUAUGUGAGGGGGGAAACUUUUCAAGAUGGGUGGUGACCAUGGUGGCCAUUUUGAAGUUGGCCAUUUUGAAUCCAACUUUUGUUUUUUCAACAGGUGAAACAGUGACACAUCAAACUUAUUGGGAAUUUCACAAGAAAAACACUGGUGUGCUUGGUUUUAACGUAACUUUAUUAUUUCAUGAGCUAUUUAUAAGUUUCUGACCACUUAUAAAAUGCGUUCAAUGUGCUGCCCAUUGUGUUGGAUUGUCAAUGCAACCCUCUUCUCCCACUCUUCACACACUGAUAGCAAGAGAAAUGCUAGCACAGACUUCCAGUAUCCGUAGUUUCAGGUGCUGCACAUCUCGUAUCUUCACAGCAUAGACAAUUGCCUUCAGAUGACCGCAAAGAUAAAAAUCCUUCCAGUACUUAUCAGCUGCUGUAUGCUUCACAGAAAGUUAUUUUCUUUUUUAAAGGGGUAUUCCGGGCAAAAACACUUUAUCCCAAAGGAUAGGGGAUAAGACGUCUGAUCGCGGGGGGCCCGCUGCUGAGACCCCCCCCCCCUGUAGCACCCGCAUUCUAUGUGGGUGCUGAAUCUCCAGUUUCACGUCACGCUACGCCCCCUCCAUUCAGGUCUAUGGGAGGGGUGUGACGGCCCUUUAAUUUCUUUUCUUUCUGACCACAGUGCUCUCUGCUGACACCUCUGUCCAUGUUAGGAGCUAUCCGGGGAAGGAGAGGUUUGUUUUGGGGAUUUGUUCCUGCUCUGGAGAGUCCCUGAAAUGGACAGAGGUGUCAGCAGAGAGCACUGUGGUCAGACAGAAAAGAAAUUUAAAAAGAGCAUACAGCAGCUAAGUACUGGAAGGAUUAGGAUUUUUAAAUAGAAAUAAUUUUCAAAUCCGUUCAACUUUCUGGCACCAGCUGAUGUAAAAAAAUAGAUUUCCACUGAAGUACCCCUUUAAGGACAGUUAUUCACUAAUAACAUAAUUUAGGCUAAGUUUCUACUUGUUGUUUUGUCCUGCGUUUUUUGGUUUGAAAGAAACGCAAGAAAAAAUGCCUAAAAAAAAAUGCCAGUGCAAUUUCCUGUGUCUGGCGUUCUUUCUGGCGUUUUUUCAUUUGUGUGGAAAUAGCAUUUUUGGCACCUUUUUUGUGGCUUUUUUUUUUAUUUCUUUAUUUUUUUUUUUUUUUGGGGGGGUACCAAAAAUUUAUUGGGUACCAAAAAAAAAGGAUGCAGUAGUGAUAAAAAUAAAAUAAAAAGUAUGUCACUAAAUUUAAAUUUUUUAUAACUAAAUUUUAACCACUUAAGGACCAAUGACGUCCUGGGACGUCAUGGCACCCUGGGCCUUAAGGACCAAUGACAUCCCAGGACGUCAUGGCGUUUUCCGAUCCCUGUCGCUCGCCAGGCAGAGAUCGGAACCGGAUGCCUGCUGAAAUGCUUCAGCAGGCAUCCAGGGCAAACGCCGAGGGGGGCCAUGUGAUCUGCGGCGAUACCGGGCUGAUCGGGUCUCUGGGACCCGACCACCCGGUAAUUUUGCAUGAUCCCGGCUGUCACAGACAGCCAGGACCAUGCUGGAGGCUAGGACCAAGGUGGUAAGCCUGCCACCUCCUCCUAUCCCUGCGAUUCUUCGGUUAGCUAACCGACCAAUCGCAGGGGGGGGGGGGGGCGCGGUUACUUCCUCCCGCCCUGCCCGGCCCCUGGAAGUCUGGAGAGGACGGGAGGAAGACCGGAGGAUGCGGCGGGGGACGGGGGAGUGCUGGGGCCCGGCCCCGGUACUUACCUCGUCCCUGAAGACCCGGAUCCUGGCGAUGAAGACGGCGUCGACAGGUGAGUGGAUCUUCUGCCGCGGUCGGGCCCUUUACAGCAGUGCACGUCGCCGUAAAGCGACAUGCAUUGCUGUAUUGGGACCCUGUAUACUACAACUCCCAGCAUGCCCAGACAGCCCUUGGCGUCUGGGCAUGCUGGGAGUUGUAGUUUUGCAACAUCUGGAGAUCCACAGUUUGGAGACCACUGUUAAGAUAGUGGUGAAUUUUCGUCGAUACUUGCAUCAUUUCUUGGUGAAAAAUUCCAACAUUUUAUGUAAAUUUAGCAUUUUUCAAACUUUGAAACUCUCUGCUUGUAAGGAAAAUGGGCAUGCCAAAUAAAUGAUAUACUGAUUAACAUAUACAAUAUGUCUACUUUUCUGUUGGCAUGAUAAAAAGGACAUGUUUUUACUUUCUGAAGAUAUUAGAGGGCUUCAAAUUAUAGCAGCAAUUUUUUUUAAAUUUUAUGGAAAAAUUUAAAAUUUGAAUUUUUCAGGUACCAGUUACAUUUUAAUUGGAUUUGAGGAGCCUUACUGUGAGAAAUCUCUCAUAAAUUACCCCAUUAUAGAAACUGCACUUCUCAAAGUAUUCAAAAUGACAUUCAGAAAGGUGUUUCACAGGAAUAGCAGCAAAACAGAGGAGAAAAAGCAAAAUCUCCAUUUUGCACACUAACAUUUUCUUGUAGCCCCAUUUUUUUUUCUUUCUUACAAGAGGGAAUAGAAAAAAUGCCCCCCCCCCCCCCAAUUUGUAACCCAGUUUCUCUUGAGUAUGGAAAUACCUCAUAUGUUGACGUAAAGCGCUCUGUGGUAAAAAGCAACUGUGGGAUUUUGGAGUGUGAAUUUUACUGUCAUGGUUUUUGAGGGGCAUGUUAUUUAGGAAGCCCCCAUGGUGUAAGAAUAGCAAAUAAAUCCUACAUGGCACAUUAUUAUGAAAAUUAAACCCCUCAAGGAACGUAACAAGGGGUAAUGUGAGCCUGAAAGGGGUAUUCCAGGAAAAAAAACAUAUAUAUAUAUAUAUAUAUAUAUAUAUCUAUCUCAACUGGCUCCAGAAAGUUAAACAGAUUUGUUAAUUACUUGUAUUAAAAAAUCUUAAUCCUUCUGAGAAGUUGAUUAAAAUGAUUCUGACUGCCGAUCAAUAUAUAUUAAUACUUAUCUUUUUUCAGCAUUAGAAAUGGUAUAUAAAUAUAUAUUUGUUGCCUACUCUUAACCUCUAUAUCCAGCUUGCUAUUUGCUUGCAACUAAGAAAGAGACCUUGGAAUGACGCCAGGAGGCCCAAGAUGAGAUGUCAGAAGACAAAACAUUUGAAGAAGAUACAGAUUGUAUAGAAGGGCAAAGAUCUGGGUUUUUCCAGUUUCAGAGUGAAAAAGCCGCAUAAGUGAACUUUGGCCAAGAGAGAAAGAAAUGCUUAUAUAUACAGAGAUAAAGCUCAAAUAACCAAAAUGUAACAUGAUGAUUUUGACGUCAUAACUAACCUCCCUUUUUUGUCAAAUGUAAAAACGAAUGCACUUCCAUAAAAUAAACAAGAACUCUCUCAGAGAACUCUCGGAUAACACUCGGGAACUCUGAGUUUUCUUGCUGAGAAAGAGCUUUAUACCAACAUUUUGUCUGGUGUAUAUUUCUUUAUGUCAGAAGUGGUAUUCUGUUCUCUGGACCAUACUCGAGGGAAGAGCCAAGUCUGGUGGGCCGACACCUCUAAGCAUCCAGGGCAACCUAGAGCUGUUCAAACAGGGGCCUGAUCAACUCCACAGAACACGAGAAAGGAGAGUCGGAAGAUGGAAUCUGAGAUCGCGCUGUCAUCAAGUGGGACAAAUCCAUGAUAUCAG